UCCAAGGUCAGCAUCUGAAGGAGCUUAUUUCCUCCGGUAAACAGUACAGACAUACAAACAGUCGGCCCCCUAUCUACAACAUCUCGCCACGCAGGAGAAACUCACGCAAAUUCCAGCCACUGAUCAUCAGUGAGAGAAGUUGGACUCACUCACCCUCCUGUGUGUACGAUUUUCCAUUUUCUUGCGGAGAUUUAAGUCAAGACUUCAGAGAGGCGGUGCCGCUGUGAAAUAUUGAAAGUUGGAAGAAAUUAUAUUCCAGAAAGCAUCCCUUCCAAAAUUCUGCGCUUGGCGUGGUUGGGGGCGAAUAUCCCCCGCUUACUAAGAGGAGUGGAGUCAGAGGAAGCGGCAUUGUCAGCGCCCAUCUAAGACUAACCCAGAAUGAUCGGCGCUGCCGGGACGACUUGAAUGGACGGAGGGCGACUGGUGGCUCAACCCCGCACAACAGUGCAGAUUUUCUUCAGAUGUAACCCAGCGGCCAAAGCUACACUCAGCCAGAAGACGGGGAUUAAGGAGAUGCACCCAUGUGCUUGUCUCCUCCAAGAGAGCAUCCAGUUGAGACCGGCUAAUGUACACGCCAUAAGACUGCAAUGCUAAAGAGGAUGAGUGGGAAGUAUAUACGGAACGUGGGCAAAUGGAUUAUUCUGUUCACCAUUUGCCUGAUACCUACUUUAGGAAGAGUGAGUCUGGCUUCAACCCAUCACCGCAGCCACUCAGUGGUUCAUGUUAAAGCCGGUACGUGCGAGGUGAUUGCUGCCCACCGAUGCUGCAACAAGAACAAGAUCGAGGAGCGUUCCCAGACGGUGAAGUGCUCCUGCUUUCCUGGCCAGGUAGCUGGGACGACACGAGCAGCGCCAUCCUGCGUGGACGCCUCGAUUGUUGUUCAGAAGUGGUGGUGCCACAUGGAGCCGUGCCUGGAGGGAGAGGAAUGCAAGGUUCUGCCGGAUCUCAGUGGCUGGAGCUGUAGCACUGGGAACAAAGUCAAAACCACUAAGGUAACUCGAUAGUCCUUUGGGAAAACGGGAGGCAGUGUUUUAAUAUUUAAAACCUGAAAAGUGCUCCACCUUUCAACUGAGGGGGCCCACACAUUGGACUGGUUAACCUGACUUAUAGUUUGUUCCCAAGCAGCUGCUUUUGUCCGAAUGGGAAUCGCUUCGGCUCCCAAAGGAACGUCAGAUAUAAUGAGUGCAGUCAAGACACAAGACAGGAGGAAAGGAAGCAUUGGAGAGCCUCUAAUGAAUGCUGUGCAGCUGGUCAGGACAAAGACUACGGUGUCUAUGAAGUCUCUUUACAAACACAAUCUGGGGGUAUGGACAUGGGUGACUCAGCUUACUAUCAACCUACUGAAGACUGAAAUCAGAGGAACAUCUCACCCCCAGCCCCUUGUUCUCACACGGGGCAAUUCUCCACUGCCUCUUUUCCCAGUCCAGAUACAACUCAGCCUGAACACUAGCUCUGGUCUUCAAAGAACAUGAUAUGUAGCUGCCUUCAAAAGGAAAAGGAAACUGUAUUGAUCUACACCAUUCCAGUGGAUUUUUGGCACUUCCCAUUCAAUUCUAGUCGAUGAAACUCCACUCUCUGGUUUUCAGGUCAACUAUCUGGAGAAGCCAUUGAUUACAGCAAUGGGGCAUUUACCUGGUUUAUAGCAUCUCCUACAUCCACUGGAUAUUAAUGCCAAUGCUAAGUUGUCACUAACUACGUUGCAGUUCAGUCCACAGUGAAAAUUGAACAAGUUUCAAGUUUCUACGCCUGACUGGAUCCAACUCAACUCCUGCCUCAGUGGGGCCACCUUCCCAGCAAGGCUUCUGGGAACUCGCUUCUGUUAUGACGAUUCCUCGCCCUACAUUUGCUCCAUUAAGUGACAACUGAAGGUCCUGUCCUUAUUUUUAUAACAGGCCUGCUGAUUGGCUUUUUGAGACUGAGUAGUGAGAAUUAAUGCAAUCUUGUGAUUACUGUAGAAUCAAGUUAGACUGUAUUAUAACUGUACAAAUUCAGAGAUAAUACAUGUUA